AUGGACACGGCGGACCCGACGAGUGGUGUGAAGGGGCGCAACUCCAACGGUGGCUCCCCGGCGGCGACGGCAGCAAUGGCAGCAGCCGCGGAAAGGAACAGUGAGGUGCUGCGGCGUGUGUUCACACCAAAGUGUCCCAAGUGUGGUGUGACGUUCCCCGCCCCGCGAAGGAAUCUGCCGCCCAAGCGCUGGGACUGCCCCACGAAGGGCUGCGGCGGGAAACUGUGGCAGCCGGACGAUGCAUCGCAGGUCUGCGAUGUGUGUGGGGCCUCAGUGGCGCGCUUCACCCGGCACCACUGCCGUCGUUGCGGCUACCUCACGUGCUCAAAGUGCCUGACGUUCAUGACGAUCUUCGUGGGGUGGUCGCUGACGGAGAAGCAGCGCGUCUGCCACCGCUGUGCAGUGCCGGUGGUGCCGGUGGCCAUGUCGGGGUGGCUGCUGAAGCUGGGUCAGCACUCCACCUUCUUUGGGGAGAAACUGCACACGCGGUACUUCGAGCUGCGCGGGACUGUGCUGCUUUACGGAAGGGCGAGGCACAGCAGCGAUGAGGCGGCAGCACCAGCGGGGUUGACGCCCACGUCCCUCGUCAACGGCGCCCGGCAGGGGCAACACAGAGAGAGCGGCAGUAGCAUCAGCAGUGUCGCUACCCGCGGCGACGAGGACAGCAACGAUAAUGUCAACAACAACAACGGCCGUGCUCAGCCAUCCUCGACGGCUCUCACGAGACAGAUUGACAUUGCCGGGGCGAAGGUGAUGGACGUGGCAAUUCACCCAAAUGCUUUCUGCGUCGUUGGUCCACGUAUACCGCGCGGCUACGUGCUUUCUGCGCCUAGCCAGGCAGCGAAGGUGCAGUGGGUGGGGGCAAUCAGGGAGCAGGUGCGGCAGAUGCAUCAGCAGCGCGGGGACGAGGAGUUUGAGGAUGACUUGGACUCGACGGAGCAGGUGCUGUACGCCGGAACUGGCGCAGAAAAAAAUGUGAAUGUCUCCAUGCGGGACUUUGAGCUGCUGACGGUGAUUGGGCUGGGCAGCUUCGGGCGUGUGAUGCGGGUUCGGCACAAGGCGACGGGCAAUAUUUACGCCAUGAAGAUUCUUGACAAGCAGCAAGUGGUGCAGCACAAUCUGGUGCCCCAGACGAAUGCCGAGAAGCUGAUCCUCAGCGAGAUUUCGCACCCGUUUGUGGUAAAGCUUUACUACGCCUUCCAGACGAAGCGACACCUCAUCCUCGUGCUGGAGUUUCUCUGCGGCGGGGAGCUGUUCUUCCACCUGCAGCGCAACAAACGAUUUGGGGAGGAGCGGGCACGGUUCUACACGGCGGAGAUCGGCAUGGCGGUGGAAUACAUCCACAGCAAGAGCGUCCUCUAUCGCGACCUGAAGCCGGAGAAUCUUGUGCUGGACCGUGAGGGGCACGUGGUGCUAACGGACUUUGGUCUCGCGAAGCGCGAGGUCGCCGACGACACGCACACGCACACCUUCUGCGGCACCCCCGAGUACAUGGCGCCCGAACUUGUGCGGAAGUCCGGCCACACCACCGCCGUGGACUGGUGGAGCCUUGGCUCCUUCCUGUACGAGAUGGUGGACGGUCUGCCACCCUUUUACUCCACGAACGUGUCGGAGAUGUACGAGAUGAUCCUGCACAAGCCACUUGUGUGCCCCGCCAAGUUCUCGCCGGAACUCAAGUCGCUGUUGGGCCGCCUGCUGGAGAAGGACCCUCUCAAGCGCAUGACAACCGGCGCGGAAUUUCGCGCCCACCCUUUUUUUAAGGGGCUUGACUUUGAUAAACUCUUGCGGCGCGAGAUACGGCCGGAGUUUGUGCCGGACGUCAGACGCAACGACCUCCGCUACUUCGACAAGCGUUUCCUGCAGGAGAGCACAAAGAUCGCUCAGUUGGAUCAGCCAUGCGAUCCGAGCGACCCGGCGACCCGCGCCUUUGAGGGGUACGACUUCAAUGUCCAAACGCCCGCGACGGCGGCUGCGGCUCAGCCGCCCGCGGUGGAGGAGGGACAGGAGGAGGAUGACGCUCACGGCGACGCUGGAGGAAGCGAUGGGGAUGCGGGCGCCACACACACGUCAUGA